GCCCCUCACCUGAGACAGGAAAAGGUGCCGAAGAGCGCCCCGGCUGCCAUGCCCACGGCGCAACCCAUCACAAAGCCCAUCUUCACGCGGUCGAAGCAGCUUGGCUGUGACUGUCCAUAGGGGCCCACGGCCACCGGCAUCUGCGGAGUUCGAAGGCUUGGGGAGAGUGGGCCUAGCCGCCAGCCCGAGUCGGGCAGGGGGCGUAGGAGGUGGGGCAGGGAGCAGGCCGGAGGGUUCGGGGAAAUCCGGGAAGGAAAAGAAGGGUGUAGCCCGGCUCCAUCACCCGCUGAGCGUUCGAGUCCCCGCGCCACGGUGCCCCCACCUUACCUUGCUCGCGGCCUUGGUCGCUCAGCUCCACGUCUCACACGGAACGCGAGGCGGAGCGCACUCGCGGCCAGAGGAACCGCUUCCGGGGCGCGGAGUAGUACUUCCGGGGGUCUGUAGCUGGGGACGGCAGCCUCUUCGGGCGCAGGGCUGCCACCGAGAUGAUGCUACUGAGAACCUCUUGGAGGCUGGUGGCCGCGGCCGCCCCCGCCGCUCUGUGGCCGAGGGCGAAGGCACCCAGUCGGGGGCUGCGCCUGCGCGUUGUAGACCAUGCUCCCCAGUCUGCUGUUCCCUCAGAUGCAGCCACUGCUCCGGAGGCGGAAUCAGUGCUGCGACCUCUGUAUAUGGAUGUGCAAGCUACAACUCCUCUGGACCCUCGGGUGCUUGAUGCCAUGCUCCCUUACCUAGUCAACUACUAUGGGAACCCACAUUCCCGGACACAUGCUUAUGGCUGGGAGAGUGAGGCAGCCAUGGAACGUGCUCGCCAGCAAGUAGCAUCUCUGAUUGGGGCUGAUCCUCGUGAGAUUAUCUUCACUAGUGGCGCUACUGAAUCCAACAACAUAGCAAUUAAGGGGGUGGCCAGGUUCUACAGAUCACGGAAAAAGCACUUGAUCACCACGCAGACAGAACACAAAUGUGUCUUGGACUCCUGCCGUUCACUGGAAGCUGAGGGCUUUCAGGUCACCUACCUCCCAGUGAAGAAGAGUGGGAUCAUCGACCUGAAGGAACUAGAGGCUGCCAUCCAGCCGGAUACCAGUCUGGUCUCAGUCAUGACUGUGAACAAUGAGAUUGGAGUGAAGCAACCCAUUGCAGAAAUAGGGCACAUUUGCAGUUCCAGAAAGGUGUAUUUCCAUACUGAUGCAGCCCAGGCUGUUGGAAAAAUCCCACUUGACGUCAACGACAUGAAAAUUGAUCUCAUGAGCAUCAGUGGUCACAAAAUCUAUGGUCCAAAAGGGGUUGGUGCCAUCUACAUUCGCCGCCGGCCCCGUGUGCGUGUGGAGGCCCUGCAGAGUGGAGGGGGGCAGGAGCGGGGCAUGCGGUCUGGGACAGUCCCAACACCCUUGGUGGUGGGGCUGGGGGCUGCGUGUGAGGUGGCACAGCAAGAGAUGGAGUAUGACCACAAGCGGAUCUCCAAGUUAGCAGAACGACUGACACGGAAGAUAAUGAAGAGCCUUCCAGACGUGGUGAUGAAUGGGGACCCUGAGCACCAUUACCCAGGCUGUAUCAACCUCUCCUUUGCAUAUGUGGAAGGGGAGAGUCUGCUGAUGGCACUCAAGGAUGUUGCCUUAUCCUCGGGAAGCGCCUGCACCUCUGCAUCCCUGGAGCCCUCUUACGUCCUUCGAGCAAUUGGCACUGAUGAGGAUUUAGCUCACUCUUCUAUCAGGUUUGGAAUCGGCCGUUUCACUACAGAGGAGGAAGUAGACUACACAGUGGAGAAGUGCAUUUACCAUGUGAAGCGUCUUCGAGAAAUGAGCCCUCUCUGGGAGAUGGUGCAGGAUGGCAUUGACCUCAAGAGCAUCAAGUGGACCCAACACUAGAAGAGUGGGCCUCUGACUUUGUGCUGGCCUGGCGUCUCCUGCCUCAUCAACCCAUGCACAGCCAGGUACCUUGUUACCCCCAGUGGCUGCUCCAUGUUCACACCAGAAUUGGUAUAGCCCGGCUGACUUCAGCAUUGGCCUGCUUCCAAGACAGAAACAUGAGAAAACUAUCUUUCUCCAGCCUCAGCUCCUUUGGUGGGGAACACUACCCAUUUCUCUCCAGGAGUCCUUCUGUGGUCUUGUAGUGAGUGGAUGUUCUCAUCCUGAAACAGGAGGGACAUUUGCUAUGAAUGAUAUUGCUACUGCUUGGGGAGCCCAUACCCUUGGUGGGGGGAGCCCGAGGAACCAGAAGAAGGCUCUUUGUUCAGGGACCCUGAUGCUCUACUUGGACAUUUGAGUUGUUGCUUACUGCUGCUCAGAGAGAUUGACUCCUUCAGAAUCAAGCAUAAUCAUCUACGAUUUCAUCUUUUUCGUGGCUCCAAAGGCUACCUUUUCAUAUUGACUAUAGACUGAACAGCAAGUUUCUUAGAAGGCUUGUCUCCUUUGUGUUCUUGUCCUUCUUUUCUUUUGACCUAUUGGAGCCAGAAAUACGUGUAUGACUCUACCUAUUAUUGUACUAAUUUGUUUCUUUUAAAAAAAUUGUUAAGUUGCAAAUUAGAGAAAUAAAAUCACCUUCCUCUA